AUGUUGGGUAUCAUUUCUUUCGACAACUGUCCUUCCUCUGCUGUCUCGAUCAUCAGUUUACCAAUUGCGCGAAUAACCAAUGGUAUCUUGUACCAGUCGAAGCAAGCAAAACAAGAUACAAAGAUAAACAAACUUAAAGGUGCGCGAGGAGAAGCACUAGAAAGAAAGCUGAAACAAGCGUGUUAUUCUACUUCACCUAAUAAUGAAAACAAGAACGUCCAGAACAGAGUAGUAGCAGAAUUAUAAAGUCUCUCCUACGUUAAAUACUACAUAGAGUU